GUUUCGCCAACCAUUAGACCUUGGUUUCAUUUUUCGCUGUCAUGGUGAAGAUAUUCGUUGGAAACCUAAAUCCAGAAUCCAAAGCUUCUGAUCUCCGCAAAAAAUUUGAAGCCUUUGGGAAGGUUACGGAAUGUGAUGUUGUUAAUAAUUAUGGCUUCGUGCAUAUGGAAAAAGAGUCUGAGGCUGAAGCUGCAAUAGAAGGUCUCCAAAAUGCCAUUCUCGAUGGGGUGAAGAUUAAUGUCGAACGUAGUCACGGAAAACGAGGUGGUGGCCCCGGGCCUACUAGACGUAGAAAUGAAGGGCGUUAUCGCGAUUAUCCGCCGGAGAGGGGACCACGUGCACCACCACGUUAUAUGAAUUCCGGCCCACCUCCCCCGCGAAUGGGACGUUAUGGUCCGGCUUGGGAUGAUGGGUAUGGAGGGCCCUACGGACCACCACCACGUAACAGCUCUAGAGGUUACGAUUAUCCCCCAAACGGUGCCAAUGGAAGGUAUCCGCCAAUUGACCGUGGAGAACAACACAGACCACUCCCACGUGGUCCAGCCCGUGACCCACUGCCACUACCACCUAAUGUGGGAUAUCGUGGGCCUCCAGUCCCUGAGCCUAUACCAUCGUCUCGAGAUUAUCCUCCAAAACCUCCUCCAAUCAGACAAAGCUACGAUGUGUACGGUGACUUUGACCGGUACCGGGAGCCAAUAACGCCAUCAGGUCCUCCACGUGCGAACGAUUAUUAUGAUACAUACGGCAGCUAUAGCAGCGGAAACUACGAAGACUAUAGAGAUAACGAUAGAUCAAUGUCUAAUUACGAUUCAGGAUACGAUUACAGUUACUAUGACUAUGGGAUGGAUAGCAGAUCACCGGUUCCACCAAGAUCAGGGUACAGCUACGGUCGCCCCUAAUUAAAUGUUGAGAGUUUGUGCGUGCGUGGUCGUCUAAGUUGCUUAGUAAACGUGCUUCUCGUUUGCCCGCAGCCUAGAUCUGUGCGUUGACAUUACGUCCAAUUUUUCGUUCUCCAUAACUCAAGUUUACCUAACAUUUCAGAGUCGUCCCGUGAAGUCAAACGCGAAGCAACCUCGAAUCACGUAGGCAAGAGACGUUUGCAUUUAUUACUCGUUUCCUGUUCAUCGUUCGCAUCAACGUUAUUUGGCUAGUGUCAGCAGUCGUACCCACGAUCUUCUGGCUUUUGCGUUUUUAGACAUCAAUUCACUUUCAGUCGUAAAUGUGACUUCUCGUUUUUAUGCGUCAUAAGAGACCGUCCAAAUUUCCCAUUUAUCUUUUUUGAAAUAUAAAUUGUGUUAG